AUGAUCAUUUUUGAAAUGUAUAGAGUAACUGAUAGAAUAUAGAUAACACAGGUAUUGGUAGAAGAAAGUCAUCGCUCGAUCCUUUAGCAAGCAACAAGAAUAUAUUGAAGCUAAAUAACAAUGGAAGAAAGCUGGGUAGCAAUGGUGUUUCUGUUACAGCAAAGAAGAUAUCCAACAAUAACAAUAGCAAUAACAAUACGGCAACAACAAUCACGACAACGACAACCGCAGUGAAUAUUCCAAUGGAUAGUAAUAACAAUACGUCAUCAUCCAUACCUACCGCGCACUCAUUUCCUUCACGUACAAUGCCUAUUCAGAUACAAAGAGUUCAUAGAGCCAACUCAAAUCAACCCUUUGACUUGGAGCAAAGACAAAAGAGGUUAGACGAUCAACUAGUUAAAGUAGAUUUUGAUGAUAUCACAGUGUCUGAGCUAAAAGAGAUGCUACGUCAAAGAGGCAAACCGGCAACAGGCAAAAAGGCUGUCCUACUACAAAGGCUGCAAGAGGAACGUGAUUUUAUUCAGCACGCAAGGGCCAAUGGGAUUCCAAUUUCCAAUCGGUAUUUGGCUCAACAGCAGCAGCAGCAUCAUCAACAACAGCAACAACAGUCACCCGUUAUGGAUUCGGCUUCGUUACCUGAAACGAUGUUUUUAUCGAGCUCACCCGCGUCAUUGGGGUCGUUAAAUAGAUCGAUAGCCAAUAUGCACAUUGGAUCACCACCAGCCUCUUCAUUAAUGAUUCCACCUCAAGCAUCUAACAAUAGUAAUAACCGAAGAUACACACCUUAUACAUCACCACGUAAUUCAUUAUCAUCACCUUCUUAUUCAUCUUCUGUACCCACUUCAGGGUACUUGUACAAAAAAUCUUAUGCACCCUUCACCUCGUCUGCACUUGCUACCCCUGAUCGAGACGACGAUACUAAUCCAUUUGAUGACAUGAACAACACAAACACUGCAUCUGAAGAUGCCAUGAAUCCUAUGGAAUGGACAGAUCCUUCAUUAGAAAUCAUGCUUCAACAACAACAACAACAACAUCAGCAUCAUCAAGAACAAGGACUAGGGCAAGAAUCUGCGCCUAAAUUUACAGAUGAAGAGCUUUUAACAUUUUUAACAAGCCAAGGGUUUGACAUGAACAACAACAGCCAUUAUUUUCAUUCACAACAAGAAGAGCCAUUAAUGUUUAAUAAUAGUAAUCGUGACCAUCACUUUAGUCAUCACUAAAACAAGAUCCCCCUUUCCCGCUUGUUUGCAUUAUAAUAGAUAUUACAACAAAAAAGUGUCAUUAGUUGCCAUAGCAAUAGCCAUCAUCAUAGUAACCUUAAUAGAAAUUUUAUUUAACAUAAGAUUGGUUUUGUGUAAUUGUAGCACAAAUUCUAAGAUAUUCAUUCGAAUUCACACACAAUAGGCCUUUAACAUUGACACUGAGAACAGGUCACAUGUUUGAUUGUUCUU